UCCAUCUCCUGCUUACUUCUCUGCAGUGUUCCUUGUUCCGUCCGCUUGUAUGUAUGCUCGCUCUUCGCGCGUGCGAAAUGGCCGGAGGCGAAGCUUUCGGGUGCAGUGAGCGCGAGCGGCCGAAGCCGCGAAGUGUUCGGGCGGCGUGGAGCCGGCAAUUGCCGGCGGCCGUCGAUCGUCGCCAUACUGUACGGACUCGGUGACCAGAUAUUGGGAACCGGCUGGUCUCUGUUGGUUGGGAAAUGGUGAAGCGAGCAGGGCUGCCUGCUGCCUGAGCCUGUGUGUAUGAGUGCCGCGGUGGUUAUCCUUAUCCGAGUCAUCGACUACGACGGUGUGCAGGGCGGGAGACGGCGAGGGGUGCUGCAGCCGAUGUGCAGGCCGGGAUCCGGAUCGCGAUUGGAUUAUUAAAAAAUCCGAAGAAAUGGCGGCGGCUGCAACCGCAACCCUAUCCUUGGCGUCAGUUCCUUGCAGAAAGCAUCAGCUCCGGCGUGGAGCCAGUGCCUUCAAUGCGCAACAAUUCAGUGCUUCCAGCUCCCACUGGCAGCAGCACUCUGCCACUCUGAGGUGGGGAGUGCCAAGACCACGCGCCGCGAAGCGUGUCAUCGUCGCCCAGGCCGGCGCCGGCAGCUACAAGGUGGCCAUCCUUGGCGCGGCGGGUGGGGUCGGGGAGCCGCUCUCGCUCCUGAUCAAGAUGUCCCCGCUCGUCUCGGCGCUGCACCUCUACGACAUCGCCACCGUCAACGGUGUCACCGCCGAUCUCAGCCACUGCAACACGCCGGUGGAGGUCGCCGGCUUCACCGGGAAAGAAGAGCUCGCCGGCAGCCUGGCCGGCGCGGACGUGGUGGUCAUCACCGCCGGCGUGCCCCGGAAGCCCGGCAUGACGCUGGACGACCUGUUCAGCACCAACGCCGGCAUCGUGAAGGAGCUCGUGGAGGCGGUGGCGGACCACGCGCCGGGCGCGCUGAUCCACAUCAUCACCAACCCGGUGAACUCCACGGUCCCGAUCGCCGCGGAGGUCCUCAAGUGGAAGGGCGCGUACGACCCGCGGAAGCUGUUCGGCGUCACGACCCUGGGCGUGGUCCGCGCCAACGCGUUCGUCGCGGCGACGAAGGGCCUCCCGCUGGCCGACGUCGACGUGCCGGUCGUGGGCGGCCACGCGGGGACCACCAUCGUGCCGCUGCUGUCCAAGGCGCGGCCCAAGGCGGCGUUCACGGACGAGGAGGUCGAGGAGCUCACGGCCAGGGUCCAGAACGCCGGCACCGAGGUGGUGGAGGCCAAGGCCGGCGCCGGGUCCGCGACGCUGUCGAUGGCGUACGCCGCGGCGCGGUUCCUGGAGGCGUCGCUGCGGGGGCUCGACGGCGACGCCGACGUGUACGAGUGCGCAUACGUGCAGUCCCAGGUCGUGCCGGAGCUCCCGUUCUUCGCGUCCAGGGUGAAGCUCGGGAGAGAAGGGGUCGAGGAGGUGGUGGGAUCGGAGCUCAGGGGGCUCUCGGAGUACGAGGCGCGCGCGCUGGAGGCCCUCAAGCCGCAGCUCAAGGCCAGCAUCGACAAGGGCAUCGCGCUCGUGCAGCAGCAGCAGGAGGCGGCGUUGAACUGAACCUGCUGAAGAAUUGGCCGUCGUCUUGUGUCAAGUCUGGGAUGCUGGGCUGUGCCGGUUUUGUAGCACUGCACACCCAACAUCCAUUUUCUACUGAAGAUUGGAGUUGGACGGAACAAUGAAAAGAAAAGAACUCUGAAUCUUUGCGAGAUGCAAAUGCUGAAAAAAAAAACGUAUCCCCUAGAAACGCAAUUUUUUUAGAUAA